UCUUGACAUUUCCAAUUAUUAUCUAUACAAAAUGUGAUUUGUUAAAUUGUCAAUGGUUUUAACAUUACGAAAACAAACCUUUUAAAAUAUUUAUCAAUUGUGAUAUAUAAUAUGAGUCCAGACAUUCCAGAUAGGUGGUUAGCCUAUAAGGCUUGUGGAAAAGUUAUAGAUGGUACAAGAAUUAUCUGUUUUAAAGUUCCUUUGAGCAAGACUAUCAAAAGGAAGAAAGGUAAAGAACCAUGGAAUAUCAAUACGCUUCUGAAGUCUAUCCCGAAACUCGGCGCUGUGAUUGAUUUAACUAACACGAAUAAAUACUACUCUCCAAUGGAACUACAGAGGAAAGGUAUCCUCUAUAAGAAGAUUUUUAUGCCCGGCCGAUUUAUACCUCCUCAGAACAAAGUAACAGAAUUUAUGGACACCGUUGAUGGAUUUCUUCAAGGGGAUGACGAUUCUUUGGUUGGUGUACAUUGCACUCAUGGCUUAAACAGAACCGGGUAUAUGGUUUGCAGGUACAUGCGUGAUCGUCUCGGAAUAUCACCACACGAUGCUAUAAAGGAAUUCCAAAGGGCCCGAGGAUAUGCCAUAGAAAGGCAAAACUACGUCGCUGAUAUUUUAGGAGAAAUACCACCACCUCCCGAUGUUGGUCCUGAUUGUUCCACAAUUGUGAGACGUAUCGAUGAUACAAUUGAUGAAUCACCAGUAAAACACAAUAAAACUAAAAAAUCAAAGAAAAAUUUUAAUUGUAAUAUAACCACUGACAAAAAUUAUAAGAAUAAAAAGUCUAAUCCAUCAGACUACGGUCGAUCUUCAAAUAAGUAUAAUUUUAAAUACGAUUACUGACAUUGGUUAAAGCUAAUUUAAAAUACAACAAAUUAGUACAAUACUUAAUACAGAUAAAGUUACUUAAAUUGUAAGUAAUUGAUAUAAUAUAAAUCAAUGUCCCUAUUCUGUUGGUCUCAUGCUGUCUUAUCCAUUGCCAAGACCUUCUCCUUUCUGUUAGUUUUGAUGAACCAUUAUUGAUUUUUAUCACUAAAGGUUGUUGAUGUUGUAUUAUAAAUAAUUAUGCUUAAUUUAAAUGUACCUUUAAAAAAACUUUUGACUCCAAUAAAUUUUCAUUUUUCUUAUGUA